ACUCAUAAUUCUUGACGCUCAGAAGCCCAUGACACACGACUGCCUGCCGACCCGGGUGACUCUGCGCUGGAGAGUAAGCGACCUCGUAAUGAAAACAUCGGGACUGGAGGAGGUGCAGUGACGUCCGCCGCUCAAAUUUAGCUAAAUAUCAUGAACGGGCCAGGACUCAGAGCGCUGGUGCUAGGAGGCUCAGGGGAGAUCGGCAGGCAGUUGGUGCAGGAACUCAUCAACAGCCCUGGCUUUUCCCACAUCACUCUUGUUACAAGAAGGGAGUUAGAUGUUAAAAGUGAAAAAGUAGAACAAAAAUUAGUGGAUUUGAAAAUCCAACACAUAGAUGCCUUUACAGGUACGGACGUUGCCUACAGCUGCUUAGGAACCACAAGAGGCAAAGCUGGUGCUAAGGGUUUUGUGCGAGUGGACAGAGACUAUGUCUACAAUGCUGCAAAGUUGUUGAAGGACUGUGGAUGCUCACACUUCCACCUGGUGUCGUCAACAGGAGCCAAUAAAAAUUCCCAUUUCCUUUAUCAAAAAACAAAAGGUGAAGUAGAGAACAUGGUUACAGAGCUUAACUUUCCACGCCUCUCCAUCUACCGCCCAUCUCUUCUCCUUUGUGAUAGACAGGAAUCACGUCCCAUGGAGAAGAUAGCGCAGAUUGUUCUCCGUGGUUUUGAUUGGCGAAACAAGAUUAGCAUUGGCACAGACACAGUUGCCAGUGCUAUGGUGGCCAAUACUCUGGAGCAGCAGACGUCAGAAAAGGCAGAAGAGACUAAGGUUGAGAUCUUGGAAAAUGCAGAUAUCCUUAGACUUGGAAUUGAUUAAAACACCUACUUUACAAUGCCUCAAUAUUUGCAUGUAUGGAUUUUAAUAAUUUUGUCAAAAAAGAGUGAUGAAUAUGUUAGGGAUUUGCAUUUCAGAAUUUUGUAUGUAGGAUGUUCCAGUCUGGAUGUCAAAUAUUUAGGAAUCACAGUAGAAAUAAUAGUUGUGUACAUGAAAGCUCUUAUUUAGCCACUUAAGGUUUAAAACUGACUUUCACAAUUCAGUCACACAGAUAUGCAGAAAUAUGCCUGAAUAUCAUUAGAGAUCAUAUAAUUACAGUUUGAUUUAAGGAAUUGUUACAUAAUUACAGGUAUUUACUUUUCUUUUUUAUGGCAGUGGUUAAAGUAUGCUUUUGUGUGUGUCAUUUUGUAUAUAAAUAAGGAUUAUAUUUAUUGAUAUGAAUAUGCAUUUAACCCACUGACACUGGAAUGACAUCUAUACAUGCCAUCCCAGUGUCCACUGUGAUUUCAAUUUAUUCAUUUUGUUUACACAGAUAACUCCACAGGCGCUUAGUCACGAAGUAGUAUUUUUUGGGGCCUUCUAGAUCUCAGCUGUUUACCCUAUAUAUAUAUUUUUUUUUAUAUAGUUUCUUUUUAAGUACAAUGAAAUGAUGCCAAUAAUGAUAAUAUUAUUGAUAAUAAUAAUACUAAAAAAAUAAAACAGAUCCCAAUACUUCAAGCAAUGCAAUAAACAGGUGAGGUCAAGUAGGCCAAGUAACUAACUUUUGGAUAACUUAAGUGCUUCUGAAUACAUCUUUGUGUAAACAGAAUAGACAAAAAAAAAAAAAAAAAAAAAAAAUACACUGGACAGUGCCCAUACCCACCACCUAUGUGUGUGUGUGGGGGGAGGGGGGGGGAGAACCAGAUUCUUUUACAAAAUUCAGUGCAUUUUUUGUUUGCAUUUUGUUUAAGGGUGUUGUGAUUUUUAUUACUUAAUAUUUGAUAUAGUUUAAGUUUGUAUUCACUUGAUAUUGAAUAGAUUCCCUUUGUAAUUUUUAUUGAAAUUCAUAAUUUGUGAAAAGUUCAUUGAUUAUUUAUAUUUCAUUCUGCAAUUUGGAAUAUAUUUACUGGUCAUUCAUUGAAAGCAUAACUUGAAUGCGCCUUAAAUGAAAUACUGAAUAAUUGUCACUACUGCUUGAUAUAUGAUCUGUGGACCAACCCACUUACUUUAAUUUUAGGCUUAGAUUUAGAUGAAUGAAAGGUACUUUUGUAGGCAAGGGGAAUAAAUGGUAUUGCCUUACUUAUUAGUGAGAAAUAUCAUAGCAAUAGAGUGACAAUUGGUGCUCAGAUGGAUUUCAGAUUUUAGACCUUUUUGUAAAUUACCAACCAGUGAAUUUCAGAACGUUAUAAUAUAAAGGCCUUAUAUUAUGAAAACUGCCAAUAUUUAAGGACUGAAUGCCUUAAUAUUCAGAAAUGUUAUUGAAAAGGAAGAGCAUGAAUCAUGACUAGAUGUUUUAGAUACAUGUCUGUAUUAUACUUGUGGGUGUGAUAUCUGUGAGGUUUUGUAUGCUGGUAUUGCAUCAUUAUGUAUAGAAGUUAAUUGAAAUUCGAAGAAUUUGGUGACACUUUAUGGUUCUACUUGAAGUAAGUAGAAAAUAGCCAGAAGGCUAGUGCAGAAACAUAUUUAAGAAAGUGGAUUGCAGGUUUUGGAAAUGAUGUUACUGAAGGAUAAUUACUAAGGAAUUUACAAGAUUAUUUUUGAACUCCUGCAAUUUGCAGUUUUGUGUAUUUUCCCUCUAACAUUUAAAUGUUUGCAAAAUAUGUUUGUUGUGAUAUCAGUCUUAAGCAGAAUAGGCAUAUUUGUUGAGAUUUCUGUUUUAGGCAAAUUGUCUAAUUGGAGUCAGUCUGUAUCCACUUUCAAAGUAGCAGAGGUGGUGAUCCUCUAAUUACAGAGAAGUUGUACUGUAGGUUUCCAGAUCUCAUUGUCUCUGCUGAACCUUCUCAGUGAUGUGAGUUAAUCUAUUUAUAUUAUAACUAGCAUUAUUUGAAUUUCUGAGGCUGCAGUUGUCACCCUGUUUAACUACAUUUAAACUACUUUAAUUCUUGUAUUGUUAUAUUAUUAUUUAAUUUUUGAUAUUCCUAUUACAGCACUGGAUUUCUGAGUGGGUGACAAAGCAACUGGCUUGGCUUGUGUUUUGGUUGUGUACAUGCCUCAUGCUGAGAGUUGGUUACAAAUUGCAUGUUGUAGGGGAGCCUCUCUUCACAUCAGAUACAGAAAAUAAAUAAUUCUUUCACCAUGCAAAAGUUAACAUUGUGCAUUUUCAUUUUUAUGUUUACAAUUUAUGCUGUUAUGCUGAGGACAGAUUAAUAACUUUGUCUUUGCUUUAAGAUUUUCGUAUGACUGCAAGUCAAACCUUCUAAAAUAUUUAGAGAAUAUAAAGUUUGGAUUUAUAUGAAAAAGUUGAACUCUUUAUUAUACUUUUUUCCCUAUUCCACAGUUCUCCUUUCCAAUUUUUUUCUUUCUUUUUUAAACAAGGCUUAGAGGUGACUCAGGGAAUCAAGAACUGUGAAAGUUACAGGUUGUAUUACUAGUAUCGGUGUGUUAUGUAACCAUUAUUAUUGAGCUAAUUUUUGGUGCUAUAGUGAAUUGGUUGCUGUUAGUGUUUAUUGGCUUUAUUUGAUUAAAUACUAAAUAAAUCACACAUUUAUCUUGCAUAUAGAAGCAGCUGUAUUAUAUGUGUAUCCAUUUACAGACUUGAAUGAGAGUAAAUUCAAAAGAUAA